GGAGGCGGAGGAGGCAGCUGCAACAGCCAAGGCAGGGCUGCCUCGUCCAGGAGGAGCAUCAGCAAAGUGGUGUACGAUGAUCAUGAGAGUGAAGAGGAGGAGGAGAGCAUGGUGUCCGAGGAGGAAGAGGAGGGAGACCCCGAGGAUAACCAGGACUCCGAGGAGGAAGAGGAGGAGGAGAUAAUGGAGGAGGAGGACGACGACGACUCUGACUACCCCGAAGAGAUGGAGGAUGAAGACGAUGCCAGUUAUUGCACUGAGAGCAGCUUCAGGAGCCACAGCACCUACAGCAGCACCCCAGGUAGGAGAAGACAAAGAGUGCAUCGUCCUCGUUCUCCAAUAUUGGAAGAAAAAGAUAUCCCACCCUUGGAGUUUCCUAAAUCCUCAGAGGACUUAAUGGUGCCUAGUGAGCAUAUAAUGAAUGUUAUUGCCAUCUAUGAGGUACUAAGGAACUUUGGCACUGUUUUACGCCUCUCUCCUUUUCGUUUUGAGGACUUCUGUGCUGCUCUGGUAAGUCAAGAGCAGUGCACCCUUAUGGCAGAGAUGCAUAUAGUGCUUUUAAAAGCAGUUUUACGUGAAGAAGACACUUCAAAUACUACCUUUGGACCUGCUGACCUCAAAGAUAGCGUUAAUUCCACUUUGUAUUUCAUAGAUGGAAUGACGUGGCCAGAGGUUCUGCGGGUAUAUUGUGAGAGUGACAAGGAAUACCAUCAUGUUCUUCCUUACCAAGAGACAGAGGACUAUCCUUAUGGACCAGUAGAGAAUAAAAUCAAAGUUCUGCAGUUUUUAGUGGAUCAGUUUCUUACAACAAACAUUGCACGUGAAGAGUUAAUGUCAGAAGGUGUUAUUCAGUAUGAUGAUCAUUGUAGGGUUUGUCACAAACUUGGGGAUUUGCUUUGCUGUGAAACUUGCUCAGCUGUGUACCAUUUGGAGUGUGUGAAACCACCUCUUGAAGAGGUACCAGAAGAUGAAUGGCAGUGUGAGGUCUGCGUAGCACAUAAGGUGCCUGGAGUAACUGACUGUGUUGCUGAAAUCCAAAAAAAUAAACCAUACAUUCGACAUGAACCUAUUGGAUAUGACAGGCAUAGACGGAAAUAUUGGUUCCUGAACAGAAGAAUCAUAAUAGAGGAAGAUUCAGAAAGUGAGAAGGAUAAGAAAAUCUGGUACUAUAGCACAAAGAUACAGCUGGCAGAGUUAAUUGAAUGCCUAGACAAGGAUUACUGGGAAGCUGACCUAUGCAAAACUCUGGAAGAAAUGCGUGAAGAAAUUCAUCGGCACAUGGAUGUGACAGAAGACCUUACUAAUAAAGCAAGGGGCAACAACAAGUCUUUCCUUUCUGCAGCAAAUGAGGAAAUCUUGGACAUUAUCAGAGCAAGAAAAGGAGAAAUAGUGGAAGACAAAAACACAGCAGAUGAUGAAGCAGAAAAAGCCAAAAGUGACAUUGAUAAUGACCAGGCAGAUGCUGAGAGAGGCAAGGAAGAAUCUGGAGACCAAGAUAAAACUGAGGAAACAUCCACUGAGCAAGAUGCGGAAAAAGUGAAAACAGAAGAGGCAACAGUCGUUGGGGAUAAAAGUAACUCUGUGACAUCAAGCACUGAUGACAGCAACACAAAUCCUUCUGCAGGAGAGACUAGUUGCUCUGAAGGCAAGAACGCAAUGGGGUGUCAGUCAGAAACCCUUGAUAGCAACAACGUGGCAGAGAAGAAGGUGGCAUCAGAGCUCCCUCAGGAACUCUCAGAAGAAACUGGUCAGAUGAUUCCUAGCAACAGUAGCAGUGCGUCUGCUGCACCUCUACAGUCAGAUGUUGAAAACAGCAACAGUAGUGAGUUGGGCUCUGGGCAGAAUGACUCCAUUAAGACACCUGAUGAUGCUGAAAAUGCAGAGAGGGGAUCCCAGACUUCAGAGGACAUAGGAGAGAAAUCUAAUGGCGAAAGAAGUGAUUCUCCAGGCGCAGGAAAAGGCACGCCAGGUUCGACGCGAAUGCUCACAAGAUUACGAAAUCCAGAUAGCAAGUUGAGCCAGAUGAAAAGCCAGCAGGUUGCUGCUGCAGCACAUGAAGCAAAUAAGUUAUAUAAAGAAGGCAGAGAGGUUUGUGCACAUCUUGGAAAACUCAAAGAAGUUCUGGUGGUCAACUCUCAAGGUGAAGUUUCCCGAAUGAACACAAAGAAGGAAGUUGUGAUGAAAGGAAAUAUCAACAAUUAUUUCAAAUUAGGACAGGAGGGGAAAUAUCGUGUUUAUCAUAAUCAGUAUGCCACGAAUUCAUUCGCAUUGAACAAGCACCAGCACAGGGAGGACCAUGACAAGAGACGACAUCUCUCGCAUAAAUUCUGUCUGACUCCUGCUGGAGAGUUCAAAUGGAAUGGGUCUGUACAUGGGUCCAAAGUUCUUACCAUAUCCACUUUGAGGCUAACUAUUAUUCAGCUAGAAAACAAUAUCCCAGCAUCGUUCCUUCACCCUAACUGGGCUUCCCACAGGUCCAACUGGAUUAAAGCUGUUCAGAUGUGCAGCAAACCUAGAGAAUUUGCACUAGCGCUGGCUAUAUUGGAAUGUGCAAUUAAACCAGUUGUCAUGCUGCCAAUCUGGCGGGAAUCAUUGGGGCACACUAGAUUACGCAGGAUGACAGCAAUAGAAAGAGAAGAAAAAGAGAAAGUGAAAAAAAAAGAGAGAAAGCAAGAAGAAGAAGAAACAAUGCAGCAAGCUACAUGGGUGAAAUAUACCUUUCCUGUCAAGCAUCAGGUUUGGAAGCAAAAAGGAGAGGAAUAUAGAGUAACAGGAUAUGGUGGCUGGAGCUGGAUUAGUAAAACACAUGUCCACAGGUUUAUGCCCAAACUGCCUGGAAAUACUAACGCAAAUUACAGAAAGUUGCUACCAACUAAGAGUGAAGAUGAAAAAUGUAACUUGGAUAAACGAAAAGGUCCGAUUAAGGUAAAAAUAGAGAAAGACAGAACAAAGGAUUCUCAUGAUCUGCAAGCAAAAGACAAAGCAGAUGCUUCAGAAACCUUGGGGAAAGUACAAGUGAAAGAAGAAAAGUCACGUGAAGAAAAAGUAGAAGUUGAUACCACUUCUGAAAACUUAGAUCGUGCAAAAGACAAAGUGGAAAAGGAAAUUGAUGGUGAAAAUGAUAAAGUCAUCAAGGAAGAACCCAUGGAUGUAGAUGAUGUGAAAACUGAGUCCCCCGUAAAAGAUGAGGAUAGUCAUUGUAAGCUGGAUAUAAUCAAUGUUAGUGAGGGAUUUCAUUUAAGGACUUGCUACAAAAGGAAAGUAAAAUCAUCAAAAUUAGAUGGACUACUUGAGAGGCGAAUAAAACAAUUUACGCUGGAAGAAAAACAACGUCUAGAAAGGAUGAAACUGGAGGCUAGUGCUAAAACUGUAGGCAUACGAUCAGUGAGCCCCCAGAAAAACAUAGAUGAGCUACAAAUGAGAAAAGUAAAAGAAGGAAGCCAGUUUGACAUGUCUUCCCAAGAUCAAACCUAUAUUUCAGAUAAGACCCAAAUGGAAGAUGCAGAACAAGACUGCUUACCAGUCACCAAAACUGGUGAGCUAGAUGAACCCUCUUUGCCUUUGACAAACAGGCUAUCAAAAAGAGAAAGCCAGCUACUGGAUGAAGGCUCAUCUCAAUCAUCUGAAGGUGAAAGCUCCAUUCAGAAUGAUAGUAAAGAAAACAACCCUGAACCUAUGACUGCUGAUAAGUGUCAAGGAAAAGAAGCUCUUGGAGAGUCUGAGAAUUCCUCUGUGGAUGGCCUGAAACAAACAAACACAGAAGGUAGAAUCAAAUGGGAUGUUACGGACGGAAGCCAAAAGCCUUUGAAACCAAAACUACCUAUUACCAGAGUAUCUCAGCGUGAAUGUCAGAACUUAGAGCCAGUGAUAACCGAAAGAAGCUGUAGAAAAGAUGGUCUGGCCGUUCUUGAAAAAACAGAUUCAGAAGGAAAUUCUGAACAGCAGAGCAAAGACCCAGAAAACAAUUGUAUGAUAAAAAGCCAUAUUGAACCAACAUCCUCUCAAGAAAGUAAAAUGGAGGAAGAAACUGCUCCAGGAAAGACUGAAAGUAAAUCUGAAAACAAGGUUAUAUUUCACAAAAAAUCAGUUAAUAAAGAUCUAGAACCAUUUAAAACAGAGCUAAUUUCUGAAAGAAAUCUCGAAAGUCAAACUCUGGAACACAUGGAUGGGGCAGAAGUUGAUGAGGAUUUACUGAGCUCUAAAGUAAAUGAGGCUAAUGGUCAAAAGAAAGGUCAGGAACUGAAAGUGGAGACAAGUACCAUAAACAAGUAUCUUGAUCAGACAAAUCGAAAUAGUGUUACUGACAAAAAGAACAAUAAAGAUGAAGAAACUGAGACCGACUUAGGAAAAGAAAAAUCAGCAUUUCAGAUGAAUGGGAAAGACAAUGAUGUUAAAGUAUUAUCAAAUGAUGACUGCUUAGUUAAAGAUACCUGCGAAACUAAGUCAGGGGGUGAUAUUGAACCAAAAGUUAAUAAUAUUAAUAAAUCCAUUCCGGAACAUGAAAUAAAACCAUUGAGUUUUAAGGAAUCUUCAGUAAAACCAUUCAUGAAUGGUGACAUAAUGACAGAGGACACAAAGGACAAAAAUAAUGUGGAUCCUAAGUCACGUCUGCAGAGUUCACCUGAGUUUGAGUCUGGAAAGGGUCUUCAGCCCCCAGAUGAAGUUCCCAACUAUGUGCAGAAAACUGAAGAAAAACAGCUUUAUCCUGAGAGAUCGGCAUUUGUUGGCACUGCCUCCAUGCCGGCACAUACUGUCUGUAAAGAAAAUAACCUGAAUAAUGAAACAGAAUCUAUGGAAACUGAAGCAGUUGAGGAUAAGAACAGUGCACCAUCACCUGUAACCUCAUGUGAGGAGUCUAGCUUGAGUAGUGACUUUGCUGAUCAGAACGGUGUACAGACAUAUAAAAUGGAAAAUAUUAAUGGAGAAAGUAAAAUAAAGACUGUUAUUACAGAAGUGACUACCACAACAUCAACUGUGUCUACAGAAUCCAAAACUGUGUUUAAAGUUGCAGAGACUGUAGCUUCUAAUGAUGAGAAAACAACAGUAGUGUCAUCUACAGAAAAUUGUGCCAUAUCCACUGUAACUACCACCACUACUGUAACAAAGCUUACCACUCCGGCUACAGACAGUAACGUUGAUGUCAUUUCUGUACAAGAGCACAGUAAAACAGUGGUUACAACAACAGUAACAGAUUCACUGACCACCUCAGAAGGCACAUUGGUGACUUCCAUGACUGUCAGCAAAGAGUAUUCUACAAAAGACAAAGUGAAGUUAAUGAAAUUUGCGAGACCCAAAAAAACUCGUUCUGGAACUGCCUUACCAUCUUAUAGAAAAUUUGUUACCAAAAGCAGUAAAAAAAGCAUAUUUGUUUUACCCAAUGAUGACUUAAAAAAGCUGGCCAGAAAAGGAGGGAUCCGAGAAGUUCCCUAUUUCAAUUACAAUGCAAAGCCUGCCUUGGAUAUCUGGCCAUAUCCAUCCCCAAGGCCAACUUUUGGGAUCACUUGGAGGUACCGACUUCAAACAGUAAAAUCAUUGGCUGGAGUGAGCCUUAUGCUGCGAUUAUUGUGGGCAUGUCUCAAAUGGGAUGAUAUGGCAGCAAAAGCUCCACCUGGAGGAGGAACUACACGUACAGAAACAUCUGAAACUGAAAUUACAACAACAGAAAUCAUCAAGCGAAGAGAUGUUGGUCCAUAUGGAAUUCGGUCAGAGUACUGUAUAAGAAAAAUUAUUUGUCCCAUUGGUGUACCAGAGGCUCCGAAAGAAACUCCAACACCCCAGAGGAAGGGACUGCGAUCAAGUGCACUAAGGCCAAAAAGGCCAGAAACACCCAAGCAAACGGGCCCUGUUAUAAUUGAAAGUUGGGUAGCAGAGGAGGAAUUGGAACUAUGGGAGAUCAGGGCAUUUGCUGAAAGGGUGGAGAAGGAAAAGGCACAGGCAGUUGAACAACAGGCUAAGGUUAGUGAACAGAAGAAGGCAGAGGAAUUCAAGGCCCAAUUGGAGGCUCAACUAAAACACCAACGAUUGGCUGCCCAGCAGAAACGGCUGGAGCAGCAGAAGCAGAUCCCUGCAGCAGGUGUGGCCCCUGCAGUCACGACAGCCAGCAGCACUGCAACUACUGUCUCAACACCACAGAAAGUUGUGGUAGGCCCUUUAGCAGGCCCGGUGCCCACUGGAACCAAAGUAGUGCUUACUACAAAAGUGGGUUCUCCAGCUACAGUAACAUUCCAACAGAACAAGAAUUUCCAUCAGACUUUUGCUACUUGGGUUAAACAAGGCCAGUCUUCAACAGCCACUAGCACAGCUGCCACUUCAGCCACAACCAUUGCCAGCACAGGGCAGACCUUCCAGAUCUCAGGCAGUCCAGUAACGAUGGCAGGGAAAGUGAUAACUAAGCUGCCACUCCCUGCAAACAGCAAGAUUGUUGCCGUCAAUGUGCCAUCAACUCAAGGAGGUGUUGUUCAAGUUCAGCAAAAGGUAUUGGGUAUCAUUCCAUCAACUACCGGUGCAAGUCAAACAUUUACUUCAUUCCAGCCAAGGACAGCAACUGUAACCAUUAGGCCAAAUACCACAGGAACGUUAGGAACAACAAGCACUUCACAAGUAGUGCAAGGGACACCACUCCGCCCGGGUAUGACAGUAAUACGGACACCACUUCAGCAGUCAACACUUGGAAAGACCAUCAUUCGAACACCUGUAGUGGUGCAACAAGGUAUUCUUCCAGCCAGUCAGACACAGCAAGUGGUGACUCAAAUAAUCAGGGGUCAGCCUGUCUCAACAGCAGUUUCUAGUACCAGCACAGCUUCUUCCAGCACUGGACAGAAGACGGUCACGAGUCCUGGGACACCACCUCAGCAAAUCCAGCCACAAACCACACCACAGCCCCCUCGCCCUCAGCAGGGACAAGUGAAACUCACUAUGGCCCAACUCACGCAGCUAACACAAGGACAGGGUGGCAGUCAAGGAUUAACUGUGGUAAUUCAGGGACAAGGUCAAACUACUGGUCAGUUACAAUUAAUCCCUCAGGGUGUGACUGUAAUACCUGGUCCAGGACAACAGCUUAUGCAAGCAGCUAUGCCAAAUGGUACAAUUCAGAGAUUUCUUUUCACCCCACUACCAGCAGCUGCUACUACAGCUAGCACAACUACGACAACAGUUUCUACUUCAACCUCGGCUACAGGGGAACAGAAGCAAGGUCUACAGUCACAGCCAACGUCAGCGCUGCCGCCGACUCAGCCACAGCCUCAGAGUCAGCCGCAAGCCCAGCCUCAGGGGCAGAAUCAGAGCACUCAGCCGGUGCCGCUGGCCCAGUCACAGGCACCUCAGCCAGCACUUCAGCCUGAAACUCAGACCCAGCCCGAAUCUCAGACCCCGGCAUCUGUUGACUCUCCAGUCACUCCUGAAGCACAAUCGUCUAAAUCUCCAGUUCAGUCGCCAGCACAGACCCAGGCUCAAGGGCAAUCUCCAGUGCAAGUCCAGAGUCAGCCGCAGACUGCAAUCCUUCCACAAGGCCAGUCCCAAGUCCAGCCUCAGCAACCAGCUCAGGUGCAGACUACAACCCAACAACAGAUUCAGAUGCAGCCCCAUGCUCCCAUACAAAUUCAAGCUCAGCUGCAGCAAUCACAACCUCAGGUUCAGACUUCAGUCUCAACCCUUCCAACUACUCAAAGUUUAAAUCAGGUUCCUGUGCAAUCCCCAACUCGUCCUCAGCUGCAACUUCAGCAGCCUCCAACAAAAGUUAUUACAGUGCCUCAGCUUCAGCAACAAGUCCAAGUUCUCUCUCAGCUUCAGUCACAUGUUGUUGCUCAGAUACAAGCCCAACAAGGCAGUGUGCCCCAGCAGAUCAAGCUUCAGUUACCUAUUCAGAUCCAACAAACUAGCCCAGUACAGGCUCACCAGAUUCAGAAUGUGGUAACAGUUCAAGCAGCUAGUGUUCAGGAGCAGCUGCAGAGAGUUCAGCAGCUCAGGGAGCAGCAACAGAAGAAAAAGCAGCAACAGAUAGAAAUUAAACGUGAGCACGCCCUUCAGGCUUCUAAUCAAAGUGACAUUAUCCAGAAACAGGUGGUUAUGAAACAGAAUGCUGUCAUAGAACACUUGAAACAGAAGAAGACACUGACUCCAGCUGAGAGGGAAGAAAAUCAGAGAAUGAUUGUGUGUAACCAAGUGAUGAAAUAUAUUCUGGAUAAGAUAGACAAAGAAGAAAAACAGGCAGCUAAGAAACGAAAGCGAGAAGAGAGCGUAGAACAGAAGCGUAGUAAACAGAAUGCUACUAAGCUCUCAGCUCUGCUUUUCAAGCAUAAAGAACAGCUGAAAGCUGAAAUAUUGAAAAAAAGAGCACUUCUGGACAAAGAUCUACAAAUUGAAGUGCAGGAGGAGCUAAAGAAAGACUUGACUAAAAUUAAGAAAGAAAAAGAAAAAGCCCAGGCAGCUGCUGCUGCAGCAGCAGCCGCAGCUGCUGCAGCCGCAGCUGCAGCCGCUGCACCACCACCACCGCCACCACCACUGCCACCACCACCACCACAGCAGCAUGCAGCCAGCGUCACCUCCUCCUCCUCCACCACAGUCCCAAUGCCAGUAUCCUCUCAGAAGAGAAAGCGAGAUGAAGAGAAAGAUUCGUCAGCUUCCAAGUCCAAGAAAAAGAAAAUGAUUUCUACUACCUCAAAGGAAACAAAGAAGGACACAAAGCUUUACUGCAUCUGUAAAACGCCUUACGAUGAGUCUAAGUUCUAUAUUGGCUGUGAUCUUUGUACUAACUGGUAUCAUGGAGAAUGUGUUGGCAUCACAGAAAAGGAGGCUAAGAAAAUGGAUGUGUACAUCUGUAAUGAUUGUAAACGGGCACAAGAGGGCAGCAGUGAGGAAUUGUACUGUAUCUGCAGAACACCUUAUGAUGAGUCACAAUUUUACAUUGGCUGCGACCGAUGUCAGAACUGGUAUCAUGGGCGCUGUGUUGGCAUUUUACAAAGUGAGGCAGAUCUCAUUGAUGAAUAUGUGUGUCCACAAUGUCAGUCCACAGAGGAUGCCAUGACUGUACUCAGUCCACUCACUGAUAAAGAUUAUGAAGGUUUAAGAAGAGUGCUACGUUCUUUACAGGCUCACAAGAUGGCAUGGCCAUUCCUAGAACCAGUAGACCCCAAUGAUGCACCAGAUUAUUAUGGUGUUAUUAAAGAACCAAUGGACCUUGCCACCAUGGAAGAAAGAAUACUGAAACGUUACUACAAAAAGGUCACGGAGUUUGUGGCGGAUAUGACCAAAAUUUUUGAUAACUGUCGUUAUUACAAUCCAAGUGACUCCCCUUUUUACCAAUGUGCAGAAGUUCUUGAAUCAUUCUUUGUACAGAAACUAAAAGGAUUUAAGGCAAGCAGAUUGUGAUAUCUUUAGUCUGAACUUUUUAACUGGAAUCAGAACUGGAUGUUGGGGUCACUUUCUUUUAUUGUACAAUUCGAUGACAUUAAACUGCCCUUAAAAUCCAGAUCACUUGUCUAAAAAGUAAAUGUUGGGGUUUUGUGACCAGCAGUCAUACUGGUGCACAUGACUGUAUUAACAAAAAAAAAAAAUUGUCCCAUUCCUCAAAUACUGUAUUGAGAAAAAUGAAAAAUUCAUCGUGGAAACCAUGUAUUUUAUUGUUUUAUUUCAGUCACUAAUAAAACUGUGAAUGUCAAAGAGGAGUUUUGCUGAACUCUGAUUAGCAAAAAUGUGAUUUAAACAUGCCUGUUCAGUUUUUUUCUGUUAAGUUAAUCCAAAGACUUCUUGAAUAAAUUUAAGCAAAGUACACCUUAUUAUAAAUAUUCACAAUUUAAAAUGUCUUUUUGCUUUCCUUUUGAUGGACUACUAUUAUGUAAAUAUGAGAGUAAGACUGAUUUCAGGCAUUUUGGAAUAUUCCAGUGACACACUGCAUUUUACAAGUACUGAAAUAUUUGUAUACUAUAGGAGCAAAUGUGCUUAAAAUUCAGAGACAAUUAUUUCAAGUGUUCUUUUAUCUGAAGGGGGGGGAAAAAAAAAAUAAUGGAAGCAACAUGGUGGUAAUUCCCUCAUUGUGAUUUACCCUUGGCAACACCUUGCAGCAACUGUGUUCUCCAAGAUGAAGGGUGCUUAAUUCUUCACUUUCUUCUGUAUUCUGCAGGUCCCAUAACAACAAACUGCAGUCUACAGCUUCUUAGAGUUCAGCGUGUUAACCUAACACACGAGCAAGAAUCUGGUUGUCUGAAAAUUUUUAAUUAAGAAGCCAGAUGUUUUUAGUCAGGUUAUCCUGACAAGACUUGAUGUAAACUGCGUUUUUAUUGGUCACAACAGUCAAAUUAUAUUCUUGGCUUAUUUUGUCCAAAGGACAAAGAAAUAAAAAUCAGCAGCACCACUUUCUUGUCAAGAUCAAAUUGUUGUACUAUUGUGGCAGAAGCAGGAAAACUUUGUUUUGUUGAAGGAGAGAGAGAAAGAGAGCAAGAAAAAAGAUACAGUAAAUGGGGUCACGUUUAACUCCAUGGAAAUGCCACGUCUGUUCUUCAGUGAAGAAGCUGGUUUAAAGUCCACACAGAAAACUUUGACUGUAUUUAUUUAUUGUUGCAAAAAAGACGCUUUUUUAUUGCUGCCCUCAUUUGUCAGCUAAUUAUUUUUUCUUAUAAAAUCCAGCCCCGGUUACAUGUAAUCCAUUCUGUAUCUUAACAUGAUUCCUGUAGGUAAAAGUACAAGAAGACCUCUAGAUGUCUUUUCUUUCUAUGAAAGGAGCUGCUAUGUACACAUGUGCACACACACAGAACUGGGAAUCAACAAUGAGUUUAUCAUUCAUGGUAGAUAAAACAAUUAAGCUUGCAUAAAAGUUGGGCUAAGUGGUCAUGGACUACAGACUCUGUUGCCUUGAGUAUAACAGUACAAUUUGUCAUUUACUCUGCACCAGACUGAAAUGAGUAAAAUCUAUUUGAAGCUAUCUUGUUUGUAAACAUUUGUCAGAUUCUAAUUUUUUUCUUUUGUAUUAAAAUUCAAAAUAUGGAUGUAUAUGAAACAAAAUAAAUGGAGAUAAUUGUUCUCCCCACA